CCCUCGCCCGCCAUGGAGGUCUUCAUCAAUAAACUUCCUCGAGACCUUUCCGAGAGAAGCUUGACAAAUCAUUUGAAGCCGUUCAUGGACAACCUCGGCAUCCGUCACUAUGACUGCAAUAAACGGUCCAACAAACACUUUGGAAAAGUCAUCUUUGUCACUGUCAAGGAAGCGGAUAGCUUCCUCAAGACACACCCUCGUCUUUCUAUCAUGAAUCAGCAGGCCGAAUGCAGGGUCAGCAAGCCCCAGCCAAAGGAUCUGAAGAACUUGGUCAACGGCAUUCUUUACGAGGCUGAAGAAGAGGAAAGGCGAAAGAAGGCGUGGGAGGAGAAUACGAGCAACAAUGCCCGGCCUGCACGCACGCCAACUUUAGCACUUGAUGCCGACGUUCUUGACUGCGGACAUUGGUCCUACAUCGACGGCAACUUGACCUUCAUCACCGAGUGGUCGUCCCCCCUGCGCGUCUCAGCAAAGUUCGCCAAGCACGACCUCGUCAUUACCUCUUUGGUCGGAUCUCAGGUCUGCAUCCCAUACCGAAGCAUCCAAGAACUCGUCUGGUCGAACGAUGGACACGUCGCUGUCACUCUCACAUACGCCCCUACGUUUCUCUCGCCGGAAAUUCCAUCCGAUCGAUUCGGACAGAGGAUGCGCCUCGAGGCAUGUGAUAGUAACCACGCCAAAGUAUCAAAAUUCUGCCUCGUCUAUCAUUUCAAGGUUUCGGACAAACAUUUAAAACAGAACCAGGGUAGCUACAGAGGGAGUGACUUCCGUACCGCCAUUAAUGGACUGAAUGAGCAAGAUAUGUUCUGGAUCACGCAUUAUACAUUCGCCAUUCAAACCACAUCUCCGCAAGAUGCAUAUCCAGUUGCAGUUGACAGGCUUAGGGCGGCUCUUCUGGAGUACGAAGGUAGAGAUACGUUGCCUUACAGCCUGCUCUUCAAUCUCCAAGCGCUGGUGUACAUGUCGUAUCUUCAUCCGACAACCGUGCUAAAGCUAGCCAAGCGCUUAGCUGAUAUGUUCGAAACGGCCCGACGCUCAGGUCAGCGGCAGGAUCCCAUUUCGGUUGAUGCCUUCAAGGACCUCUUCAAAACCAUCGACUGGCCGUCGCCGAGCCUCUCGAGCGCAGAGGCGCUCGCUCAGUUUGAGGUCGAAGGGAUUAUUGAACACUUGAAGAAAACGGAGAAGCGCAUGCGUGAGGGCUACACCCUGCGGUUAAACGAAGAGAUUCCUCCCGGUCUUACCAAGAUCUAUCGGGCACUUGUCACACCAACCCGAAUCGAACUUCACGGGCCUGAACUGGAAGCCAAGAACAGGAUCCUUCGAAAGUUUCCAGAACACCAGGACCACUUCCUUCGAGUCCAGUUCGGCGAAGAGGAUGGACAGGACCUCUUUUUCAACUCGGCGGUUUCCAUGGACGCCAUAUAUCAGAGAUUUAAAGACGUCUUGACCAAUGGCAUCUCAGUUGGUGGACGGGUUUACAGGUUUCUCGGCUUCUCCCAUUCCUCCCUCCGAGCACAUAGCCUUUGGCUAGCGGCGCCUUUCAUUUACAACGGUAGAUUGCAAUUAGCUAAUAACAUCAUUGAGGGUUUGGGCGAUUUCGGCAACAUCAAGUCGCCAGCGCGACGUGCGGCACGCAUAGGCCAGGCCUUUUCAGAGACACCAUAUUCCGUUUCGCUCGACACUCACGGUAUAGAUGUGAUAAGGCAAAGGGACAUCAAACGCAACGAACGCGUGUUCAGUGAUGGCGUUGGGAUAAUUUCGCAGGGUGCCCUCGAGGUGAUUCAUCGCGAGAUUCCCGAAUCCAAGGGCUACCCCAAUUGCUUGCAGGUUCGAUGGGCUGGAGCAAAGGGCAUGUUAGCUCUUGAUGCCCGGCUACCUGGGAGGCAAAUCUGUAUCAGGGAUUCCAUGGAGAAGUUCCGCAGCCGUGAUGAGGAACAUCUCGAGAUAUGCGACAUGGCUUCAAAGCCAAUUCCUUUGAUGCUGAACCGUCAGAUGAUCAAGAUUCUCGAGGACAUGGGCGCCCCUGCCAAGUGGUUCAUGAAGCUCCAAGAAAAGGAACUCCAACGUCUUCGGGCAAUCACGGACAACGUCCAGAACGUGGCAACCUUUCUCAAGCUGCAGUGUGUCGGAGAUUCUGUACACCUCAGCCAGUUUCUCAAAGACCUUGACAAAAUGAACAUCGACUACCGGAGAGACCAGUUUCUUCGCGGUAUUGUCGAAGCUGUCGUGCUUAGAGAGCUGCGCUUGCUCAAGCACAAGGCUAGAAUCCCGGUUCCCUAUGGCGUUACUCUGUUUGGUGUCAUGGACGAGACAGGCCUAUUGCGCGAAGGCGAAGUAUACGUGACUUUUGAGACCGUGGACGGUCGCUUCAAGGGUCCUCCCACUGCUGGCCCCGUUGUGGUGACUAGGUCUCCAGCCUUGCACCCUGGAGACAUCCAGAUUGCCUACAAUGUCAUUCCACCGGCAGGGCACCCUCUCAGAGAACUGAAAAACUGCAUCGUGUUCAGUCAAAACGGUGAACGUGACCUGCCUAGUCAGCUGUCGGGCGGUGACUUGGACGGCGACACUUUCAACGUGAUCUGGGAUCAGAGGAUCGUUUCCACGCUCAGAACUUUCCCAGCGGCCGAUUAUCCACGUGUCGAGCCCUUGAAACUGAACCGCGAGGUCGAGUCAAAGGACAUGGCUGACUUCUUCGUGGAGUUUAUGAAAGCCGAUCACCUGGGGGUAAUUGCGGUUCGGCACAUGAUCCUCGCGGACGAACGCGAUGAGGGAACGCUGGAUGCAGACUGUCUCAAGCUGGCAGCAUUGCACUCUAAAGCGGUUGACUUCUCCAAGUCGGGGAUUCACGUGGAUAUCACCGAGUUACCAAGGCCACCAAUGUAUCGGCCUGAUUUCCUGGUAAACGGGCCAGACAUUAAGAUCCACGAUAAGUCCACGAUUGACAUGGAAGAGCAGUACCUUAAGCAAGACGACGAUGAUGGAGACGACACACCGCGGUACAAAUACUACAAAUCGGAGAAGAUAUUGGGACAUCUUUUCCGUGCCGUGGAUGAAAAGAAGAUAUGGACCAAGAACAUCAAGCUGGAAGUCCCAUCGGGUGGUGUUCCGUUUUGGAAGGAAGUGGAAUCAUCCCUGUUGAAACGUAUUCGCGGUAUUGGACAAGUGCGGUGGCAACAUCGUCUUGACGAAGCCCGCCGAAUCUGUGAAUCUUACGAAGACGGCAUAAGAGACUCCAUGGUAGAGUUUGCUGACUCUCCGACCCAGCCCCUCAAAGAGCUGGAAGUUGUCAUGGGAUUUAUCCUAAACAAGAAAGGCAUUCAGAGCAGGCGGCAGCGAGACAAGUCAUCAAAGCUGUCGGACGCGUUUGCCCGCAUAACCAAAAUGGUGACAAAUGUAAUGCGUCCCUCCACUCCGCCUGAGGAAGCUACAUCGGAGCUCCACGCAUUGGAGCUCUGCCUUGCCUGCUUCUACGUGGCAGGUGAGAAGAAAAGCCGACCCCAAGAAUCUUGGAAGCGUCAAGUCGCUACAGACCUUGAAAGCUUCCGGCUUGUGACUAGUUCGGCCUUGCUUCUCGAGAUCAAGGCGCAGGAGCAAAAGAUCAGGCUUAGACACGCCGCUAGAAGUGGUGGCUUCGUCGGUGUCCGGGGAGGGAGCCGCGUUGCAGGUCGGGGAGGUAGGGGAGGCCAUCGGCAGCCCGCUCGCGUGGAUGUUAACACGGCGGCUGAGGCGGCGACCCUACAAACCGCCGAUACUGGUGCUGCGUUCGAUUCGGGCUCACCAAGCAGCACGUCAGCGCCAACGACCCCGAGCUCCGGAUCCAACUACACGCCCAGUAGUGGGUCGGAUACGCGAGAUGGCAUAUUCAACAGCCCUACAGGGCUAUACCCAGACUAUCAGCCGGAAUUGGUACAUGCACAGGCUGCCGCAAGAACAGCGGGCACUUCAGGAGGACAGGUCCCAAGUGCGGCGCCUGCAAACAUGCCAGUCAGAUUGACACCUGCGGACCUGGUGGACCACAUUGCAGCUCAAUAUGCGCAGAUGCAGCUUCACCAGAGGAAUUGGUGAUUCUGAGGACAUUGAAGGCCGGCGGGGGUGACGGAUAUUCAGAGGUUGAAGAAGCGGAAAUGUUUUUGGAUAUCACGACCUUGAUGAAUGUUUUUUUUACUCCUGCUCACGUUUGGAAUUAUCGGUUAAUUCUCGCAAUAUGAACAGAAGUUGAAUACC